AUGAGCGUGCCUGCUACACUUCGGGACCACAUGGACGAUGUCUUUGAAGCGACACAGUACUACAACUCGCAAAUAUACCCGUUACUGGCCACUCAUCAGCUCGCUCCCAAUCUAUUCGUCGCCCCAAUCGAGGGCCUGCAGCUUGUUCCAGCCUCCAUGCGUCACGCUCUCAUCUCCCUCUCUCUUGGCUACAGGAUACUGCAACUCCCUCCCGAACAGCGCGUCGAUGGACAUCCAGCCGGCGUCCUUCCGUUUGCUGGCUCUGUACUCGACUCUUCGCCAGGGCCCGUCACAGGAGUUGCCGGCAAGCUGUGGUGGCGCGCUCACGAUCACGUCGGCGCGGCAAUUCGCCUUCUCAAACACGAUAUCACUCAUGAACCCUCGAGAGCGACGACCGCCACGAUAAUUAGUGUCUUUGUACUCCUCAUAACAGAGCUCUUCCAAACUGCCACGCCGCAAUGGAGAUCCCAUUGCCUCGGCUUCACAGCAUUGGUGGCGCUUCGCGGCGGCCUGGAAGGCCUCAUGCAGGACCCUGAAGACGGAAUCAUUAUCCGGCCGAGCUUAUUAACCUACAUCAUCAUGAUUGUCAUGGCCAACACGACGAGCCCCUCGUAUGAUCAGGUCGAUGCUGAAAACCAUGUGAACAUGAUGGACACCGUGGAAGACCUCUAUUCUAUCGGCAUGUAUCCUCGCCUUCCCUGUCCACAGCCGCUGUUUGUGGAGAUUGUCCGCAUCAACGACAUUCGCUGGCGAGUGGCGACUGGGCAGCUUGAUCCAGUGACAUGCGGGACAUCUACAGCUGUACGGGAACUGUUACGACGUGUCAUGGACUUUUCGCCGGAGAGCUGGGCCGCAGCGCAAGCCACAACAUCGCCUACGGCUUCGUGGCUCUUGACAGCCCGCUGUUACCAGUCUGCUGUGCUUCUCUUCGCUGACGCGACCUUGCUCAACCCGCGGCGUCUGGCAGGCCCUGACACCGGCGACGAUGGCCGAUCUAAAUACCGAUCUACGCGAGCGCACCAUCGUGCUCUGUUGUUUAAACUGGCCGCCGAAGGGAUGUCGGGCCAAGUCACAAAGUUUGGCAUCAUCUGGCCCGUCAUUGUGGCUGGGUUCGAGGCGGCGAAGGGCACGGCAGAGGAGCGUCGCCUCGUGGAAAACGGACUUACGGACCUCUGCCGCGGCGUGGGUGCAACGGCCGUUGCCGCCCGAGAGGCACUCGCCCGGUUCUGGAAGUCGGGAAAGAGAACCUGGGACGAGUGUUUCGACCGUCCGUAUGCGUUUAUCGUGUAG